AUGUUUGCAACAUGCUCUGGCUGGCUGAUCGGGCAAGGAGGUUCCACAGCUCUCGACACACUUGCUUCUGUGGCGUUCACUGGAGGCAUCAAUAAGUAUCAACCCGGGAUACUGUUGCAACGCUCUUUCGUUGUUCUCACUCUCUUCUUUAUUCCGAUUUGCAUUAUUUGGUUUUAUUCCGAGCCUAUCUUCCUCGUGCUCGGUCAAGACAAACAGCUUUCUCACGAUUCGGCGAAGUUCUUGACGUACCUCAUUCCCGGAGGUUUUGGUUACAUCUACUUUGAACUCAUGAAGAAGUAUCUACAGUCGCAAGGAAUCAUACGGCCGUCAACCUACGUUAUGCUCAUUGUAUCUCCACUCAACGGGCUGUUCAACUACCUGUUCAUCAACGGCUUCAACGUCGGCCUGAUGGGAGCUCCUAUCGCUACUGGUAUCUGCUACUGGAUCGCCUUCAUACUUCUGACCCUCUACACUGGUUUCGUCCAAGGACAUGAGUGUUGGGGUGGCUGGAACAGAUCUUGCCUCAAAAACCUCGACGCCUUUUCUCGAAUAGCGGCUUUGGGCAUCAUUCAACUUGGCACCGAGUUCUGGGCCUUUGAAAUUAUUGCUCUAGUUGCAGGCCGCUUAGGUAGUCUUCCGUUGGCCGGACAGAGCGUUCUCAUGACGGCCGACCAAGUCAUUGUCACUAUUCCAUUUGGAAUCGGGGUAGCCACAAGCUUCCGUGUGGGCAACGUUCUUGGUUCUCAAGAUGCGGCGGCCGCUCGACGGGUUGCCCGUACUUCAGUCACAUUGAGCGUUGCGGUAGCUGGCCUCAUUUUGUCCGUUCUGGUAAUAGGUCGCAACCACCUUGGGAAACUAUUCACGACGGACCCUGAGGUUGUGCAAUACGUUGCUGGGGUCCUGCCCUGGGUAGGUCUUUUCCAGCUUGCAGACGCCCUCAAUGGAAGCUGCGGCGGGAUUCUAAGAGGGAUGGGCAAGCAGAGGAUCGGCGCUGCGGCAAACCUCAUAAGCUACUACGUCGUCGCCCUUCCUUUGGGAUCACAUAUGGCAUUUAGAGGCCUUGAACUCUCAGGGCUUUGGAUCGGGCAGUGUAUAGGAAUGGGUCUAGUCGGAAUGCUAGAACUACUCUUUGUACUAUGGACAGAUUGGGAGCAAGAAGUUACUCGGGCUUUGGACCGAAUCAAAGAGGACGAGGACGAACCUGGAAGUCAACAAGACCUCCUGACAUGA